AUGGCAGCUGUAGCUUUGCAUGCUGUUAGUGCAUCCAAUAUCAUCACGAUCAAAGGAACAAAGUUCUUCGACUCUGACACCAAAGACCAGUUCUUCAUCAACGGUGUUGCCUACCAGCCCAGGACACUGGCGGGUGCUUCGACAGACCCUCUGGCUAAGCCUAAUGACUGCAGACGCGAUUUUGCGCUCAUGAAGGAGCUCGGCCUCAACACCGUUCGCGUGUAUCAGGUCGAUGCAUUCCAAAACCACGACGAGUGCAUGAGGGCCUUGGAGGAAGUGGGCAUGUAUCUGAUUUUGGACUUGGCCUCCUCUGAACACUCCAUCAUCCGCACCAGCCCUCAGUACGAUACCAAGAUGUGGAACAAUGUCCGCAAUACCAUCGACGCCUUCAAGGGCUACUCCAACACUCUCGGCUUCUUUGUCGGCAACGAGGUGACAAACGACAGCAAGACCACUGCAGCCAGUGCCUAUGUCAAAGCACUCCUCCGCGACACCAAAGCCUAUAUCCGUUCUUCUGCACCUCGUCUGAUCCCCGUCGGUUAUGCUAACAAUGACGAUCCCGAGAUCCGCCUCCAAGUUCAGGACUACUUUAACUGCGGUCCAGACGAUGAGCGAGUCGAUUUCUUUGGUAUCAACAUGUACGAGUGGUGCGGUGACAGCAUAACCUACCAGACGUCUGGCUACGUCGACCGCACAGCUGAUAUCUCAUCGUACUCUGUCCCGGUCUUUCUCUCGGAGUAUGGCUGCAAUCUCGUCUUGCCCCGAACCUUCCCCGAGGUCAAGUCCAUCUUUGGUCCAGACAUGACGAACACUUGGUCAGGCGGUAUUGUCUAUGAGUGGUCACAGGAGGAGAACAACUAUGGCCUGGUCCAAAUCAACGGUGACAACUCGGUGUCUUUGCUUCCAGAUUUCCAGGCUCUCAAGACAGCCAUGUCGUCGUCUCGCCCCACAGGCGUCAACAUGGAUGCAUACAACGAACAGAGACCCUACUCUGCCUGCCCUGCUAUCACCGCCACUUGGGAGCCAAGCGCCAACCUGCCCCUUACUCCGUCGCCAGAGGCAUGUGAUUGCAUGAUGUCGUCUCUUGGCUGUGUCGCCUCUGAGCAGGCCCUCUCUGACUCAGACAGCCUGGGAACGGAGCUCAACACUCUCUGUGGUAUGACCUCUUGUGAGCACAUUGGUACCGAUGGCAAGACGGGUGUCCAUGGUAAGUACUCUUUCUGCACGCCCGCCCAGAAAUUAGCGUUCCUCUACAACGAGUAUUAUUCCAGUGUGGGCCAAUCCCAGUCUUCGUCCUGUCAUUUCAAUGGCAUGGCUAUGCUCUCGACCGCCGCCAGACCUUCGGACGAAGGGUGCGUCGCGCCUCAGGGUAUCCAUGCCAGGUCUCUCGUCACUAAGCGCGCGGCUCACCAUGUCACCUCCGAUGCGGUUUCGCACCAAGAAACGUCUGCCCUUGGCCUGACCGCCAUGUUGGCUGUUGAUCUCUUGAACCCUUCCCACGCUCUCGAGCAGAAGACCCACAAGUUGAAGAGACUCGUGCAGUCUCCCAACUCUUACUUCAUGGACGUCAAGUGCCCUGGAUGCGUCCAGAUCACCACCGUCUUCUCGCACGCCCAGACCGUCGUCAUGUGCUCGAGCUGCGCUAACGUUCUUGCCCAGCCCACCGGUGGUAUCACCCGUUUGACCGAGGGCUGCUCUUUCCGCCGCAAGCAGGCUUAA